GUACCCCACCCAAGUCCACAAGUUUUGACUGGGGAGGCCUUUAGGAGCAGAUGCAAAUGUCCCACACCUGUUACUCCAGCAGCCUUCACUGGACUGGAGCCAUCAAGAUCACAUCAAGCCCAUGUGGAGGGGUGAGGUCCCUCAAACCUUUAGGGGGCCUGAAGCAGCAACUCUUUAGAAGAGCAGGAUCCCUGAAAAUCUCUUGACAACGGCUGUGACUACUACCAUUCUUGGGACCCUCACCAUGAAAGGCCUUCUUCUGCUCACCCUGUCUGCUCUGCUCUGCUGGGUCUCAGCUGAUAUCCGCUGUCACUCCUGCUACAAAGUCCCUGUGCUGGGCUGCGUGGACCGGCAGUCCUGCCGUCUGGAGCCAGGACACCAGUGCCUAACAACAAAUGUGUACCUCGGAAAGAUGUGGGUUUUCUCCAACCUGCGCUGUGGCACACCAGAAGAGCCCUGUCGGGAGGCCUUCAACCAAACCAACCACAAGCUGGGCCUGAACUAUAACACCACCUGCUGCAGCAAAGACAACUGCAAUAGCCCAGCCCCCCGGCCCACACCCACCCUGACCCUGGUUUUCCUCACUUCCUUGGCUGGCCUUGGCCUCUGGCUGCUGCACUGAGGCUCACUCUGUGGCUGUCCUUCCUCCCCACCUGCCUUAGCCAGAGCCUCUCUCCUUAUGGCUCCACAUCUCCUGUUUCCCAGAAUGAUCUUUCUCUGGCUCCCCUUCCUCUGAAGAGCGUUUCUCCAGUCCCUUCUCAUUUCUUUAAUGAGACAGUGCCCAGAGUGGUCUCCCUAUCUAUUUUUCCUAAACUGUACUCUCUGUUCUGUUUUUCCUGAGUCUUUCCCUUUAGACCACUCCAGAUCCUCCACUGGCUCAUGAAGGACUUCUACUUUGUCUUCUACACUCUGAGGUGCCCUCCUUGAGAGGAGGGAUUGGGAUCUGGGCCGGAAAUGGGGCUUCUGUCCCGUCUCCAAUGAAAGCCCCAGGAAGGACCUGAUGACCUCACUCUAUGGGACUGAUUCACCAAACCCUCUACUCAUCUUUUCCAUUUUGAGUAAUAAAUGUCUGUGUCUAA